GGCGCCGGGCCCGCCGGAGGGAGGCAUGCGGGGCGCGGAGGAGCCGCAGAUCGCCGAGGACUUGACAGAAGAGGAAGACGGACUCCUAGAAGCUCUGGAGCAGUUUUACCCGGAGGAGCCAGUGAGCGCCCAGAAGAAGAAGAAGAAACCCAAAAAGCCGAAGGAGGUCAAAGCCGGCAAAGUCAAGCGGAAAAAGAAGGAGGGAGGUCCUGAGCAAGAGGUCUCUGAGAAUGAAGAGGAGCCGGCCGAGAAAUCCGAGAGCGAAGGGAGCAGCUACUCUCCCAACAAAAAGAAAAAGAAGAAACUGAAAGAGAAGAAGGAGAAGAAAGCAAAACGGAAAAAGAAAGAGGAGGAGGAGGAAGAGAAUGAAGAGGGAGGCUUGAAGGAGCCCAAGACCUCAGCACAACUGAUGGAAGAGUGGGGCCUGGAUGACGUGGACUAUUCUUUUUCCGAAGAGGACUACCACAUGUUGACAAACUAUAAGGCUUUCAGUCAAUUCCUUAGGCCUCUGGUGGCGAAAAGGAACCCCAAAAUCCCCAUGUCCAAGAUGAUGACCGUCCUAGGAGCCAAGUGGCGGGAAUUCAGCUCCAACAAUCCUUUCAAGGGAAGCUCGGCUGCCGCCGCCGCCGCUGCCGUGGCAGCGGCUGUGGAAACCAUGGCUGUCGCCCCCGCCCAGGUUCCUGCCAGCCCUUCUCAGCGGCUGCCCCAGCCACCUCUGCCCCCUGCCGUUCGGAAAGCCAAGACCAAGGAGGGAAAAGGACCUGGCGUCCGGAAGAAAAUGAAGAAUAGCAAAGACAGCAAAAAGAAGGUGAAAGGGAAGAAAGCCGGGACCCUGAAAUUCCGCUUUGGGGGAAUCGCUAACAAAAGGAAAAAAGGGUCCUCAAGUGAGGAAGAGGAGCGGGAGGAAUCGGACCUGGAUGGCGCCAGCAUCAUCGCUAGUUUGUCCGUUCGCUCUGAGUCCUCGGUUGGCCUGGGCAAGAGAAGGAGGAAGCGAAAGAAGAAAAAGAGGCUCGAAGAAGGUGACGGAUACGAGACAGACCACCAGGAUUACUGCGAGGUGUGCCAGCAGGGUGGGGAGAUCAUUCUCUGUGACACCUGCCCGCGGGCCUACCACCUUGUCUGCUUGGACCCGGAGAUGGAGAAAGCCCCAGAGGGCAAAUGGAGCUGCCCCCACUGCGAGAAGGAAGGCAUCCAGUGGGAGCCGAAGGAGGAGGAGGAGGAAGAGGAAGAUGACAUGGGUGAGGAAGAAGACGACCACAUGGAGUUUUGUCGGGUCUGCAAGGACGGUGGGGAGCUCCUUUGUUGUGACACCUGCCCCUCUUCCUAUCACCUGCAUUGCUUGAACCCCCCGAUGCCAGAAAUACCCAAUGGGGAAUGGCUUUGUCCUCGUUGCACGUGCCCACCGUUGAAAGGGAAAGUUCAACGCAUCCUCCACUGGGUCUGGAAGGAGCCCUCGGCCCCGAUCGUGACCCCUUUGUCCUUAGCGGAGCCUGACUGGGUCACUCCACUGCCCUCCAAGUCCCUAGAAGGGAUCCCUGAACGCGAGUUCUUUGUGAAGUGGGCCGGCCUCUCCUACUGGCAUUGCUCCUGGGUUAAGGAGCUGCAGCUGGAGCUGUACCACACCGUGAUGUACCGCAACUACCAGAGGAAGAAUGACAUGGACGAGCCACCGGCGUUUGACUAUGGCUCGGGCGACGAGGACGGCAAGCUGGAGAAGAGAAAAAACAAGGACCCCCAAUACACCAAGAUGGAGGAGAAGUACUAUCGCUAUGGCAUCAAGCCUGAGUGGAUGAUGAUUCACCGCAUCCUCAACCACAGCUUUGAUAAGAAGGGAGACGUCCACUACCUGAUCAAGUGGAAGGACCUGGCAUAUGACCAAAGCACCUGGGAGGUGGAUGAGAUUGAUGUUCCUUACUAUGCGAACUUCAAGCAGCUCUACUGGAAUCACAGGGAGAUGAUCUUAGGGGAAGAGAACAGCCAGUUUGCCAAAUGGCUGAGCAAGAAAGGGAGGAAAGCAAACGAUGAGAAGCUGGAGCGACCUCCCGAAACACCUCUCGUGGAUCCUACGGUAAAAUAUGACAAGCAGCCGUGGUAUAUUGAUGCAACCGGUGGAACAUUGCAUCCUUACCAGUUGGAGGGGCUGAACUGGCUGCGCUUUUCCUGGGCCCAAGGGACGGACACGAUCCUGGCUGAUGAGAUGGGCCUAGGCAAGACGGUCCAGACCAUUGUUUAUCUUUACUCCCUUUACAAAGAGGGCCACUCAAAAGGGCCUUAUCUGGUCAGCGCUCCCCUUUCCACCAUCAUCAACUGGGAGCGAGAAUUCGAGAUGUGGGCGCCGGACUUCUACGUCGUCACGUACACAGGGGACAAGGAGAGCCGGUCCAUCAUCCGCGAGAACGAGUUCUCCUUCGAGGACAACGCCAUCCGGAGUGGGAAGAAGGUGUUUCGGAUGAAGAAAGAAGCACAGAUCAAGUUCCAUGUCCUCCUCACCUCCUACGAGCUCAUCACCAUCGACCAGGCCAUCCUCGGGUCCAUUGAGUGGGCAUGCCUGGUGGUGGAUGAAGCCCAUCGGCUGAAAAACAACCAGUCUAAAUUUUUCAGAGUGCUCAACAGCUAUAAGAUUGACUACAAGCUGCUCCUAACGGGGACGCCCCUCCAGAACAACCUUGAGGAGCUCUUCCAUCUUCUCAAUUUCCUAACACCAGAGAGGUUCAACAACCUGGAAGGCUUCCUGGAAGAGUUUGCUGACAUCUCCAAAGAAGACCAGAUCAAAAAGCUUCAUGAUCUCUUGGGACCUCACAUGCUCCGGAGGCUAAAGGCUGACGUGUUCAAGAACAUGCCCGCCAAGACGGAGCUGAUUGUGCGUGUGGAGCUCAGCCAGAUGCAGAAGAAGUAUUAUAAAUUAAUCCUGACAAAGAACUUUGAAGCUCUGAAUUCCAAAGGAGGUGGGAACCAAGUGUCCUUGCUCAAUAUCAUGAUGGAUCUGAAGAAAUGUUGCAACCAUCCAUACCUUUUCCCGGUGGCAGCUGUGGAAGCCCCAGUCCUGCCUAAUGGCUCCUACGAUGGGAGCUCACUUGUGAAAUCCUCGGGGAAGCUGAUGCUGCUUCAGAAGAUGCUCAGGAAGCUGCGGGAUGGAGGUCACCGAGUGCUCAUCUUCUCUCAGAUGACCAAAAUGCUGGAUUUGUUAGAAGAUUUCCUGGAAUAUGAGGGGUAUAAAUAUGAGCGAAUCGAUGGCGGGAUUACGGGAGGAUUGAGACAGGAAGCCAUUGACAGGUUUAAUGCACCUGGAGCUCAGCAGUUCUGUUUCCUGCUCUCCACCCGAGCCGGCGGUUUGGGCAUAAACCUUGCAACGGCCGACACGGUCAUCAUUUACGAUUCCGAUUGGAAUCCGCACAACGACAUACAGGCCUUCAGCAGAGCUCACCGGAUCGGGCAGAAUAAAAAAGUCAUGAUCUAUCGGUUUGUGACGCGAGCGUCUGUGGAAGAGCGGAUCACCCAGGUGGCCAAGCGGAAGAUGAUGCUGACCCACCUGGUGGUGCGUCCAGGCCUGGGCUCCAAAUCUGGGUCCAUGACAAAGCAGGAGUUGGAUGAUAUCCUCAAAUUUGGGACGGAGGAGCUCUUUAAGGAUGACGUUGAAGCAAUGGUAUCUCAGGCGCAAAGGAUCAACAUGCCCGAAGCCAUGACCCCUUUCACGGAGGCGCCGGCCUGUAAAGGGGGGGCAGUCACUCCUGGUGUGAAGAAAAAACAUGGCGGAACUCCACCAGGAGACAACAAAGACGUUGAGGACAGCAGCGUGAUCCAUUAUGACGACGCGGCCAUAUCGAAGCUGCUCGACCGCAACCAGGAUGCCACCGACGACACGGAGCUGCAGAACAUGAACGAAUAUCUCAGCUCUUUUAAAGUGGCCCAGUAUGUUGUGAGAGAAGAGGACGGUGUGGAGGAGGUGGAGCGGGAAAUCAUCAAGCAAGAGGAGAACGUGGACCCGGAUUACUGGGAGAAGCUGCUACGGCAUCAUUACGAGCAGCAGCAGGAGGACCUGGCCCGAAACUUGGGGAAGGGGAAGCGGGUUAGGAAGCAAGUGAACUAUAAUGACGCCUCCCAGGAGGAUCAAGAGUGGCGCGACGAGCUGUCGGAUAACCAGUCCGAGUACUCCAUCGGCUCCGAAGAUGAAGACGAAGACUUUGAGGAGAGGCCGGAAGGUCAGAGUGGCCGGAGGCAGUCACGAAGGCAGCUGAAGAGUGACAGGGACAAACCCCUCCCACCAUUGUUGGCCAGAGUUGGCGGGAACAUUGAGGUCUUGGGCUUUAAUGCCCGGCAACGCAAAGCCUUCUUGAAUGCCAUCAUGCGCUGGGGGAUGCCCCCUCAGGAUGCCUUCAACUCCCACUGGCUUGUCCGGGAUCUCCGUGGGAAAAGCGAGAAGGAAUUCAGAGCUUACGUGUCCCUCUUCAUGAGGCACUUGUGUGAGCCCGGCGCGGAUGGAGCCGAGACGUUUGCGGACGGCGUCCCCCGCGAGGGGCUGUCCCGCCAACAUGUCUUAACACGGAUCGGUGUCAUGUCGCUAGUCAGGAAGAAGGUUCAAGAGUUCGAACCCGUCAAUGGAAAGUACAGCACGCCAGAUUUCGUCCUGGAAAGUUUGGGCAGCCGGAAGUGCAGCGAAGGACACUCUUCGGAUCCAAACACGCCUGUCCCGGCCAGCCCGGCGCAAGGGCAGACAGGGCCUCUGUCACAACCAGUUUCAGACAAAACGGACGCAUCACCAGGAAUCUUGGAGGAGAAAGACCAAGGUGAACAGCGGGCAAAGAAACUGCAUGAGGGCCAGGGGUCGAUGAGCGAAGAAAAGAUGGAUAAUGGCGACCAGGAGGAGAUGGCGGAGAGCCAGGCCAAACCAGGCGAGGAGAGCGUGAAGGAGGGUGAGAGGACGGAGCUUGCUAUGGAGCCACUAGUUCAAGCCGCUACAGAGAAGCCCUCCCAAGAGGAGGAGAAGCCAGCAGAAAAUCCAGGACUCCAUGCCAGUCCCUGCAAAGAGGGCAGUGAAGAAGCCAAGCCAGCAGAUGACGUGAAGGCAGAGGAGAAGGAUCAGCCGGAGGUCCAGCAAAAUGGCGACAAAGAAGAAGAGGAUGAGGAGGAGAAGAAAGAGGAGAGGAAUGGGGCUCGGUUCAUGUUCAACAUUGCAGACGGGGGGUUCACAGAACUGCACACGCUCUGGCAGAAUGAGGAGAGAGCCGCUGUCUCUUCCGGGAAGAUUUACAGUAUCUGGCACCGGAGGCAUGAUUACUGGCUCCUGGCGGGAAUUGUCACGCAUGGGUACGCCCGCUGGCAGGACAUUCAGAACGACCCGCGGUACGUGAUCCUUAAUGAACCCUUCAAGUCGGAGAUUCACAAAGGCAACUACUUGGAGAUGAAGAAUAAGUUCUUGGCUCGGCGCUUCAAGUUGCUGGAGCAGGCCUUGGUCAUUGAGGAGCAGCUGCGCCGAGCCGCCUACCUCAACAUGACCCAGGACGCCAACCACCCAGCCAUGGCCCUGAACGCCCGGCUGGCGGAAGUCGAAUGCCUUGCGGAGAGCCACCAGCACCUUUCUAAGGAGUCUCUGGCAGGAAACAAGCCGGCCAACGCUGUCCUUCAUAAAGUCCUUAACCAGUUGGAGGAACUCUUAAGCGACAUGAAGGCAGACGUGACCCGGCUGCCAUCCAUGCUCUCCCGCAUCCCGCCUGUCGCCGCUCGCCUCCAGAUGUCCGAGAGGAGCAUCCUCAGCCGGCUGACCAACCGAGGGAGUGACCCCACCAUCCAACAGGCCUCCUUCGCUUCCUCCCAGAUGUUCAGCAACAAUUUUGGGGUGAACUUCCGGACUCCGGGACCUGGUGGGCUUGUGAACUACAGUCAGAUGCCCCUGGGACCUUACGUGACUGCUGCACCCAACGGGCCUCCCCCAAGCCGACCGGACAUAAAGGUUCCUGACUCCCUGAAAGACAACUUGGCCUUAGAUUGUAAAGGACAAUGUCAUGACAUCAUCUGCAUUGAAGACUGAAGGGCAGUCCCGGUGGCCUUUGAUAUAUUCAUAGCUAGUAACGUUCUUCAGAAUAAGAAGACUUGAACUUGCGGGACCAUUUCAUGGACUUCUUUGAGAUGGUGGGAUUUCAUUUCUUGGUAUUUUGGAUUAUUUUUCCUUUCCUUUUUGCACUUUCUUACUGAAGGCUUGAAGAGGUGGGUUAGCUGGACCCUUGAGAGGAUCCUUGAGUCCCCCACCCCUACCCCGAUCAUCAUCCUCCCUUUGAAUGCACACAGAUGCACCUGGGUGGCAGCCUAGGAGCACGAGGGUCAACCGGUUGUGUCAUCCUUCUUGGAACAUGUGUCCGUCGCAAGUCAAGAUACCUGCUCACUCAACAAGGAAGAGCUAGUGAUCCUAUCAAUGUUGGGUAAGCUUCUUGUGGCAAUCAGGUGGACAGGCAGGAAGAAAUGACAGAAAUCAACUGGAAGUCAUCAAGUCUAGACACCAGCCAAGGCAGGAAAUUCACAGCUGAAACAUGUUGGUUAGGCAACCCCCCAACCAUUGUUUAGAAACCUCUAGUGAAGGACAACCGACUGCUUUCAGAAGCAAGGGAAGGUGGUGGGGGUUGUGUGUGUCUAUGAACUGAGAUUUGGGUCUCAACCCAAUUGUAUGCCUCAAACCCUCACCACCACCACCAACAUCCAACUCACUUUGAUUGUAAAAAAAAGCCAGUUGGGGCUCCGAAAGGUGUGAAGUCAAAUCCAGGAGAUGAUGGCCCCCUCCAGCAAAGAGGAAACUGCUCAGCUCCUGCUGAAUCCUGUGACUUGACUCAAUGCUUUCACUGAAGUCAGCGGGAUUUCAAAAACGCCACAUAAAGCAGCCGUUACAAAGGACGGGUGGUUUUGUUAAGUGAUAAGGUUUUUACUUGGUUUCAAGUAUUAGCAACAGGUAUAUAGUGUAUGGGAGCCCAUCAUGGCCAGGUUCACACAUGCAUGUUUCUUGCUUGAUUCCUUGAUGCUCAGCAAUCGGCAGUAAAUUGCAAAAACUGAUCAUGCCCCAGUGGGCUUUUGAUGUGAGGCAGAGGUUCUGACUUGAUGGCCCAUUCUUACAGACAAGGUGGCCCUUGAUAUGGCUUCUUCCUUUCUGGGUGUGCAUGUGUACAUCAUGCUUGAACUUCCAAUGAUCAAGUGUAGGGAA